AUGGUUUCAAUCCGCAACAUCUUGGCCGCCAUGGCUCUAUCCAUCCCAGUGAUUGCACAGACAACACCUGCUCAAGUUGUCCAGAACAUUCAAUUGAUAACUCAAAAAUCGCAAGCUCUCCAAACACCUGCUCAGACCAUUAAUAUCCUCAAUGGCCCAUUGAUUUUAAUCGGCCAGGGUCCAUACCCUCAAAUCAUCGUCGGUUUUACCGAUAUCGUCACGACUGCCACCACCGCACUUGCUCAGAUGAAGGGCAUGGCACCUGUCCCUGCCGGGGCUGAAUCUGAUGCUAUCUUCAACGCCUUCCGUGAAUUUGUUCGAGUCCACCAAGUACUCCUCAACAUCCUCAUCGGCAAAGCCGGUUUAUUCCAGACCGUCCCCUUUAUCGGGCAGCCCAUUGCCGCAGUCCUUCGUCAGAUUGAGGGCGUCGUUGAUACUGUCGCCUUCGCCCUUAUCGACUCUGUCCAGAGCCGUGCUACGGAUCUCCAGAGCCAAGCUAGUUCGCUUAGUGGAACUAUCACUACUGCUAUCAAUGCUUAUGAUGGACUCUCGCUCAGCAAACGCACUGCUCCUAUUAGCCGUGUUAGACGUGCUGUGGUGGUUGCUGCUUAA